AUGGACCGCCAACAGAGGGAUGUCAAUGUGGCCUUAGAAGCGGCCAUUCAAUUGGCACGAGGACAACCUGCACCUGCCUCCCAACCGGAUCAGCCACCCAUCACUCACCCUCAACAAAAUCCACAUUCAGAGCAUCCCCAGUAUCACCAUAAUCCACCACAACCAAGGAAUCCUCAAGGACCGGAGCAACCUCCAGUUGCUCAACAGGAAAGACCAGUCCAAAAUCCUGAGCAGCAACCACCCUCUCGAGUUGAUCGAGAUAACUCUCAGCAGCAAAGGCAGAAUAGGGUCGAGCAGCUUCCCAGAAGCCCUAGAUGCCAGACAGCUGAGGAGAAAAACCCUCCUAGCAUGGGACAACGUCCCUCAGGAGACAGAAGACAGGCGGAUUCAGGCUUUGCGGUCAAAGGUCCCCCACGACAUAGUAAUGUCAGAGGACCUACCAACCAACUUAGGCCCCCUUGUCUAUCGAGACAUACCAGCGGGGAGAGAGGGAAACAGUGCGAACAGGAGGUUGCACACUCAUAG